AUGAAUCAACAAUGUCAGUUGUGGAUGGGUUCGUUGGAGUCGUACAUGACGGAAAGUUUUCUCAUGAAUGCAUUUGUUAAAAUGGGUGAAUCUCCAACUGCUAUAAAGAUUAUGAGAAAUAGGUUAACCGGAGAGCAAGCUGGAUAUUGUUUUGUACAUUUCACAUCAGACGAAAUUGCAAGAACCGUUAUGCACAAAUUAAAUGGAAAAGUUAUACCAAAUUCAUCUCCUCCUGUAAGGUUCAAAUUGAAUCAUGCUGGUCCUAACAAUCGUCCUGUUGUUGGACAAGAUAAAGAAUAUUCCUUAUGGGUUGGCGAUUUGAGUCCUGAUAUCGAUGAUUACACAUUGUACAAAUGCUUUGCUUCAAGAUAUCAAUCUAUUAGAACUGCCAAAGUUGUACUAGAUUCUGCUGGAUUCAGUAAAGGUUAUGCAUUUAUUAGAUUCGCUUCAGAAGAAGAACAAAAAAAUUGCUGCAUACAAAUGAAUGGUUUCAAGGGUUUGGGAUCGAGACCUAUCAAAGUUAGCGGUGCAGUUCCGAAAACUCCAUGGAAAAAUAAAGAGACCACGACUACUACCACAACCACUACCACCACAACAGUGACAACGGAUACCACUGCGACAACUUAUGAUUAUACUGCUGCACAAUCAUAUUACGAUCCGACUGCUUGGCAAACUUAUUCUUGGCCUCAAAGUUAUUACGAUACUCAGGAUCACACUGCUUUAGCUCAUACUGAUUUUAUGGGAGAAUCCCUGAAUGAUCUUGAACUAAUAGAUCAUUACACGCCCAUAGACGUGGACGAAUUGAAUCAGGAAACUAUAAACAAAGAUUAUGAUUUAUGGGAUGCCAUUGAAGGUUCAAAAUGGACUCCAGUUGAUGUGAUACUCUGA